AUGUCUGAAGGUUAUUGCCUUCCUGUAAAGCAAUUAUGGUUUGAUUCAACAAAAAGAACUAUCGCGAAGUAUGAACAGAAGAAAAAGACAACAGAUGACAGAAGAAAAAUGAUAGCUUCAUGGGGAAAGCGUCAUAAUGAUUCUGAUACAGAUAUUUCAACAACAAACGGUAGUUUUGGAUCAUUACGCUUAUCUCCUGUUUAA